AUGAAGAGACUACUAUACUUCACCCUCUUCUGCAAAACCGUGCCUUCCGCUCGUUCUCCUCGCUCCCACGAUGCUGCAGUCCUCUUUGCCAUCUUACCUUACUCGGCCUCGGCCACCGCCGCUGGCGCCGCAUCCACCACUGGGAAGCACAUGUUCAUGGCUCAAUACCUCGUCGACUCAUGUGGCUUCGACCAGGAGAAGGCCACCAAGGCCUCGAAGCUUCUCAAGAGCAUCCAAACCUGGCAGCAGCCCGACUCCGUCCUUGCUUUCCUCAGAAGUUACGGCUUCGAUGACGCAUCGGUAAAAAAGAUCCUACAUUGCUCCCCCAAAUGUCUUCUUUUGGACGUAGCGAAGAUACUUGCCCCAAAGUUCCGAUCUUUCGAAGGUCUGGGUUUCUCUCCAUCCGAUAUCGUUCACCUCGUCCGAUCAAAUUCCAUCACAACCAAAAUCGAACACGAACGCACUGUGCCUAAGAUCGAAUUUUGGCAAGACCUUCUCGGGUCUAAGGAUGCGCUGGUGAAGCUGUUCAAGAGUAACAAUUGGGUUCUUGGGUACAGUUCAAGACCCAAUUUUUAG